CUGGCUCUCUGACUCUUCUGAAUCUGUCAACCUAGCCGCGUGUUCACUGAUUCGGGAACCGGUGUUGAACAGAGGAAUUGUUCGAGAAGGAUCCACCCGACCCGAACUUGUAAACCUCAAACUUCCCCUCAACUCCAUCCACACCUACCAUCUCAAGGUCUAAACAUCUCGGGACUUACAAAUCCAUUCAUUUCCAGCCAAACAAAAUCCCUCCAACUAGAAGUGCUGUUUUCGUCAGACUGGUUACUAAACCAUCACUUAACAACCACAAUGGCCGGUCUCAAAGCAGAUGAUGCCUUCCCGGAAGGCGUAUCCUUCCUUUACAUCCCUCCGACUGGCGACCUCGACCUCAAGGUAUGCGGCAUGCCGAUCAAGUAUGAUGCUAGCAAGGGUAUGUCAUGUCAUCCCCCAUCCUUAUCUCAAACAAAGACGGGCACGUUGUGCGUGAGGGAAAUCCGCCUCGCUAAUCGCAUUCCCUUAGAGUUCCAAUCCAAGAAAGUCGUCUUGGUCGCGGUUCCCGGCGCCUUCACGCCGACCUGCCAAGAACAGCACGUCACCUCAUACCUGGCCAACCUGGAGCAGUUCAAGGCAAAGGGCGUUGACAACAUCAUCUUCAUUGCCAUGAACGACCCCUUCGUCAUGUCAGCGUGGGGCAAGGCAAACGGCGUCAAGGAUGAGUCGAUUCUGUUCAUGACGGACACCGACGCCGGGUUCAGCAAGAGCAUAGGCUGGGAGAGCGGGGGCCGGACCAUGAGAUAUGCCAUCAUCAUUGACCAUGGCAAGGUCACCUAUGCUGAUGUCGAUACCGAGCGGGGGAGCAUUGCCAAGUCCGGUGCCAAGGGCGUUCUGGUGAAGCUCUAGUACGGAAACAAGGGAGUCUUGACAAUAGAGGUUCUUGGUUUCUAGAGCGGGACAGAGGAGGGCUGUGAUAGAGGUCACUUCCGUUUCUUAACUCAUAGACGGCCGAACCGACUUCCCAAGUCCAUUUCGGCUGUGCCCCUGAAUCGUGGAUUUAUCUCAGACCAAUGCAUAAGUUGGCAUUCUGUGUGCUACCCAUGCAAAAUGUCCUCUACCCGUUACGCAGGAUCCAUGCAACCGGCCCUUUCAAAAACAAGUUGUCUUGUC